UCCACGGACAAGUGGACUCACUCUCUUGCUUAUCCACUUUUAGCCUCCAGUGAUUUUGCACAUUUAGCAUUUAAAUGUUCAGUGUUAUGUCUUUUGAAGUGGUUUAACCUGCAAUCUCAGUUCUUUGAUGCGUUUUUUUAAAAAACCAUUUGUCACGUUUGCCCAGAGUUGCCUUCUAGGAAGGCAGCGUUUGCUUGUGUGCUUGCGCGCGCGUGCGUGGAUUUUCAACUUCUUUACUUGAGGGAGCUGAAACCAGAAGUGGCCAUUUUUACAGUAUGAUACAGUCAGUCUAAGUCUGUGGUUUGGAAAUGCAUGAUAAACAAACAGCUGAGAAAACUGGGAGGGGAGAGUUUAAAGGAGUUGCAGAGAUUGUGGGAAGGCUAUGGAUUUAGAAUCAAAUGAUUUUGUUUAUUUAAAGGUUUUAUUACUGUUUAGUUUUUAAAAUCAUGUAAGCAAUUUUGAGAAAAUAAAGGAUAAGUGUUUCAAUUUCUGUAGAAAUAAUCUGUAAAAGUUUUACAUAGAAAAUAUGUACAAAUUCUAACAUCAUGGUCAUGCUAGGUUAGAAACAGGGAAGUUGGCCUUUCAACAAUGUCAAAAUUCGAUGGAUAACAAAAUUUAAAAAAUAUGUCAAGUUAAUUGGCUUUAGUUACUAAGGACUAGUGAUUUCAAUCUAUAGUUGUAGGCAUAUUUUCAGAUCACACAUUGUAAUUCACACAAUGAAAUUGUGCAUGUAUAUGUAUAUAUAUACAUGGAUGUGUAUAUGUGCUACAGAAUGGCUAAGAAAAGGCUAAAGAGCAGUAUUGAAGACAGGCAGAGAGCUUUAUUAAUAAAGGGUAAGGAAAAAUGUCUUUAGGUGCCAGGUAAGAAGUUUUAGGAACAAAUUGCAUGAUAGUGUGUUCUGGGCGCAGAAUUGUCCGAUUCCAGUGGCAGGCCAGUUUGAAUGUCAAUUAGAAAUGGGCUGUAUGUCAAUGGCAGGAGAAACUGCACUUGAUCUGGAGACUUGGAUGGAGGUCCUUUGCUGUGGCAGUUUUUCUGGCUGGGGCCCAUGGCUAGUGACCAGUUGAUAGGUCUGUGUAAGUGCCAUGGCCUUGCACGGGCGUGCUCCUUCUUAGGCAAUGCAAAUGGACUAUAUUAUUUGUUGGUCUUGUGUGUUUGAUAGGCUCUGGAGGCUGAUGUUGCUGAUAUGGUUUUGCUAUGUCUGUCUGUCCAUGUGUUCCUGACUUGACUUGAUGGGUUCACAGGUAGUUAUAACUUACUUAUACAAAUAAGUUAAUUAUCAGACUGUACCUUAUGAUUUGUGCUGGGCAGAUGAAUAUCAUUUAAUUGCAUAAAGGAGAUGAAGAGUCAUUCUACUUUGACAUUUGACCUCACAGUUGAGCAAACUAUUGUUUUAUAAAAUAAAAUUCCCCAGGGCAAGGCACGGCCUGAAAGUUAGCUUAAAAUAUAAUGUGGAAUAACUUAGCUCAGGGCACCACCUGAUCUCCAACAAGUAAGGGCAUUUUUAAUAGAUUUAAAUAAAUGUUCCAACAUAUAUACAGUUAAUACCUCUCAUUUGUGGAUUUUAACCAAUAUUUAUAAAACAGAAUCUGUUUUACUCUAAUCCCAUUAUAUUUGCACAUUAAUUGACUUAAUGUAUAGGAUUACUGGGUUAUAGAAAAUGCAUAAGUUCUGCUUAAAUACAUAUGGCCAAAUAGUUUUUGAAAGUAGAGGUACCAGCAUACAUUGUCAAAGUUUUAGUUCCUCUAAUACCCUCUUUCAUGCUCGAGGAUGGUAGUCACUUUGGGUUUUCCUUAUAGAUGCUUACUGCUACCUCACUAUGAUUUUAAUUUGUAGCAGAAGUUUUGAGCCAAAUUUUAUUUACAAGUCCAUUGAAUAUCAUAUUUUGUGAAGUAUCUGUUGGAAUUAUUGUGCUAAUGUUUAACUCCAUUCUUCUCGUGUUCUUUGUUUAUUGUGUGUGCUUGGUCAAUGCUUUUCUUAAUCAUUAAUGAUAUUGUGUCCUAUCUAAUGUUUCAGAUAUUUUAUUUUGUGGAAUUUAUUUUUGUGUAUGGCUUGGGUUAGAGGCCACAUUUAUGCUUUCUCUAUGGCUUGCUGACCAAUCGGUCCCGCUCUGCUGACUUAUGGUCUCCUCCCUCCCAGGCGUGGUACUGCUGGUUUUGCGGUGGGCUGAUGCCCUAGAUGUGUCUUGUUUGUGAAUUCUGUUUUUUCCCUGUGUUCUUUGGUUUGUCUAUUUCUAUGGUUUUAUCUGAAUAAAAAAAUACCUGUCUUUAUUCCUGUAAAAAAAAAAACCUAUUUGUAUACACAAAUUACAGUAAAAGUCCUUCAGAUUUCUUAUUCUGGGAUGACUUUAGCUGAUCUUGAGUUUUUGAUAGACAUGUAUAUUUUAGAAUAAGUUUCCCAAUUUCUGCUGACAAACAGUCUCUUGAGGUUUUUAUUGUGUGUGAGUCCAUUGAGCUGUAUAUAAUUCUGGUGAGAAUUUUUCUUUAAAUUUUGUGAUAUCAUUCUUCUCAUCAGCAGUCAUCAGGUAAUGAAAGUGUGAGUGACAGACAGCCCUAUAUUGUUGAUACACUGAAUUGUGGGGGUUGGGAAAAAUUUAAUGGCAUAGAGUACUACAUAAUAAAGAAAAGUUAAUUCAAUAUCAAACACAUAAUGAGUUUGAGGUAUUUUUGGCAGAGUUCACCUGUGUAGCAUCACACAACUUCCUUUUAGCCUUGGUUCCAAACAUAGCAGGCAUAUACUUUGCAUCACAUAGUGGGAUCAUUGGUACCUGGAAGACCUCAACUCAGACUGUUGUUUGUUAUGGAUUGUAGUGCUUUCACAAUACACACAAAGAUUUCUACUCUCACAGAAACAUUACUGUUUAAUUAUUUUAAAAGUUAAACAUUUAAUAUUUUUAUAGUUAUUUUUCAGAGUAUCUCGUGUUAGCCUAUCUUUGGAUUUUAUAAAUUUGAUUUUAUAAAUUACCUUUUGAGUUGCUGUCCUGAGUUUCAUAAAAGGUACAAUGAAUAUUUGCUUGGAAUCGUGACAGAAUUUCUAAUGACUUUUGAAAUGGCUCUAGACAUACUCCUAAUAUUUUCUAUUAUUGCAUAUUUGUGCUACAUUUUAUAUAAAGCAACAUUCUAGGCAUUGACAAUCAUAAAAUAUUGAUAAACUCUGGAAACCUUUGAAGAUGCUCUAUAUCUUGAAAUAUCGACUAUUCAGUGAAGAAUUAAUUCUUUGUGCAGAAAUGAAUAGUGCCACCCAUCCCAUUAGUUUAAAGGUUUACAAUCAUCUUUAGUAAAUGACAAAAUUAUAUGUAUACUAUAGAACUAUUUAAAAUAGAUUUCUUUAUGGUUUAUUAUAUUAGCAAUUGUUUUAUUUGUGUGCCUAUUUCAUAUACCUUCAUACCCAGGACUCCAUAAAAUUUUUGGGGGGCUGAGCAGGGGCCAUAAACAGAAAAGGUUUGAAAAUACUGUUCCAACCCACAGUUAACCAUGCUGUGCCUCAGAUUAAUGGUGGUUUUCUUUAAUUUCUUUUAGAAUUGAUAUAGUAAUUUCUGAGCAAGCAUCUUGUGAGUUUUUAUUGUUUGGUCAUAGGUGCUUGAUACUUUCUCAAGUUACAAGAAAUGGCAUUUCAAAUUUUCCUUUUCAUAAUUUCUGAUACUAGUAUAGAGAAAUAUAAUUUGGUUUUAUAAUAUUGACUUUAUAGCUAGUGAGUAUGUUAAAUUAAUUUAUUAAUUGUAAUAUUUGAUAUGGGCAUUCUUGACAUUUUUUACAAAUACUUUAUUGCAUUUCUUUUUUAAGUUGGGAAAUCUUGUUCCAAAUACCUGAAAAAAUGUAUGUCUUAGUCAGUCUUCUAUUGCUGUGAAGAGAUACCAUGACCAUGGCAAUUCUUUUAAAGGGAAGCAUUUAAUUAGGGUUUGCUUAAGGUUUUAGAGGUUCAUUAUCAGAAUGGUGGGAAGCAUAGCAGCACACAGACAGACAUGAUGCUGGAGGAGCUGAGAGUUCUAUAUCCAGAUCCCCAGGCAGCAGGAAGAGAGAGCCACUGGACCCAGUUUAGGCUUUUGAAAACCCAAAGCCCACAUCCAGAGACACGCUUCCUCCAGCAAGGCCACACCUCCUAUUCCCUGUCUAGUAGUGCCACUCCCUAACAACCAAGCACCAAGCAAGCACACACACACACACACACACACACACACACACACACACACACACACACACAAAACCACACACAAUUCCACAUAUAUGGAAUAGCUUUCUCUGCUAUUUUAAAAUCUGUACUAAAUGAUGCCAGGACUUUCCUAAUUUGAUUUCUCACUAUUUUAAUAUUUUACUUGGCACUGCAUUUUUUUCAUAUGCUAUAUUUUUCUUUCAUGUAUUAGGUAUUUUCUGUUUCAUUCUGUUUUGGAUCAUUAUAUUCUAUUCAAUUUGUGACCUAUUCAGUUGUCCGUAUCAUACUGUUCAAGUAUGAGUCUCAUUCCCUAUUUCAUUCUAUUUUGCACUUACUCUCCAUUUCAUUGCAUUCUACUUUCUAUUUCAGACCCACUUGCCAUUCCCCCUUAUUUAACACACCAAAUACCAGUCUAUUUUUAUAUUCCAGUCCAGUUGCUCAUCCAUUCUGUUAAGUGUCCCAUUUGCUUUUGCUAAAAUUAUAAAUGUGCACAGGCUUAUACAAGAAUGUCUUCCUCUGAGAAGUAAUCCACAAUAAAGACACAUUUGACUGGGCAAUCUUCAAUGAGCACACUAAUGUGUGUCUCACAUUGAUGUGAAAAAAUAGAAAGAGCAUAAAUAUUGGUCAGUACAAGAAUGUUUGAAAACAUAUGUUUCCUCCCCAAAAGGAGGGUGUGUUAGUUGCAAAACAGUUUUGUGGGUACUUUGUUGUUUUGAGAUAGGGUCUCAGCUUGCAGCCCAGGGUGACCUUUGAAUUGAAAUCCUGCUCUCACCCUUCCCUAGUGAUACAAUCACAGGUGUGAGAUACCACACCUGUCUCCUUGUCAGUAUGUAUUCAUUGACAUGAAAAAUGUAUUUUCUGGACCCCUCCAAACAAGUUACAAAAUAGUACUUCUGCUUGAAUCAUUCUAUUUUCCUAAAACUAGGAAAUAUGGAUGGAUGGCCAUUUUAUGAAGAUAUAAUUUAACUUUCCCAGUAUUUGACUGUAGGCAUGAGAAAAUUUAGUUGCAGCUUUUUUUGGGGUUUUUUUUGUUUUAUUUUUUUCAAGACAGGGUUUCUUUGUAUAACCCUGGCUGCCCUGUAACUAGCUCUGUAGCCCAGGCUGGCCUUGAACUCACAGAGAUAUGCCUGCCUCUGCCUCCUGAGUGCUAGGAUUAAAGGCUUUCACCUGGUUGCUGAUUUUGGUAGAUUUGCUUUUCUGUUUGAGGAUACCCAAAACAACAGCCCUUUUUUUUAUAAUCAAAAAUGUGUGUAAGUAUUAAAUUUAAAAGGUCUGUGCCGACAGUAAAGUAGAAAAAAAAAAAACCUAGAAGAUGAGCCCGAGUCAAUUAAUUCAUCAGCUGAAUCUUAAGCAGCCUGGCCUGUGUUUCAGGGCAAGACAGGGGGAAGUGGUGUACUGGAAAAUUGUAAAGCCAGUCUGGUGUUUGGGACCUGACAUUCCUUGCUGAACAUUUCAAACCCAAGAUAAUGUGGACGUCAUCAUCCCCCUUGAAAUCCUUAGGCCCCUCAGCAAACUUAAAACCCUAGCCAGGUCACCUGGUGGCUUAAAGGAAAGCAGUGAGUCAUGCAUGGCCUAGGAGAUAGAGCUUAUUGGUCAGUGUGUAGGAAAUUGUUAAAGUGAUCCCAAGACCGACUCACUCGUUUGAGGUGUUGCAUAUAAUUCAUGUAGAUGUUCCCACCCCAAACAUUCUCAGGCCGGGGUGGGGACCUUGUGAAAUUUAGACUUUUGACUCCUGAAAGCGUGAUUGGGGGAGACGGGGGCUAAGAGCACACCAGAAACCACUAGAAGCUACCCUGGCCUCCAGUGUCCUAGUAGGGGACAGGUGAAGGGCGGUUCAACCCAAGUUAAAUUUGCAUAACGUACAGGUAGCCAAUCAGAGGCUAGAAUUGAGCUAGCUCCACCCACUGGCCUCCUCUCGCAGCUCUAAGUCUACCUUGCUUCCUAACUAGCUGAGCAGAAGCCUUCUUUCUGAUUGAGUGAGGCAGGAGGCAGGAAACCCUUUCUCGUGGUCAAGAAGCUGGUAAGCCCAUUGAUUUGGCCACCUAGUCACCCUCAGCGAAGGAGAGGCACCACUAGGGCUACGUGUCAGGGUAGCCUAGGCCACCUAGGAACACCUGGGAUUCCUGCAGUAAAGAGCCUGUUGCCUCAGGGCUAGAGGUGGUGCCUCUGUGACAGACAGACGACAUUCUCAGCCUCGCAGCCAAAAUGUCGACUGGUAAGAAUCCGGGGACACCUCGUGGACCUCGUGGGCCUGAGCCUGAGAAUCGGCGCGGCAACCUCCAGGGUGGCUGUGAUCCUGACAGCCCAGGGACAGAACUUCGACCUGUAAGGCCCAGGACAAGGAGCCAGGGAGGGGUGGACCAGUCCUCAGAAGCGGUCACCCCCAGCAGGAACCAGCAGCAAGGUAGUCGGGGUGAGCAGCCCAGCCGAGGAGAUCUAGCUACUGGAUGUUCAGGUGAGCUUCAGCUUCUGGAAGCUACAGGGUGGCCUUCUACGUCUCAGCCAUCCUAUUUUCUGAACUUUCACCAUUUUGAACUUCCUGUACAGAGCCAGGAAUUCCUAGGCCCUGCCCUCAGGAGCACCGCCACCAUGUCACAUCAUGUGGCUACUCCGGCUCCUAGGGCCAGCAGCCAAGCUUUUCUGCCUGUCUUUGGUCGUCAACAGACUGAUAUAAUACAGUUCAGCUUUGAUAGCAGCGGCCCCUUCAUUCCUGUUGGCCAGGGUUUCCAUGAACAGGCCACUGUGCAGGUUCCUGAUUUCUGUGCAUUUUUCACCCCUAAUCCCAUAGGCGACAUUGGAGGCAGGGUUCUCCGCUCACAUGCCGCUGCAUCUGGUCAUCGCAGCAGUGCCUCGGAGGUUAGCCCUGAAGUUGGCCUCGCUGGCCACAGAGGCCGAAAUUUACGCCGUCGAGCCACUUCACCGGACAGCGCUGCUCUGGGGAACGUUCCUGAUACUACGAGCACCCCUGCAACACCACGCAGAGGCCGCGGUGCGUCCAGAUCCAGCCGCGGUGCGUCCAGAUCCAGCCGUGGUGCGUCCAGGUCCAGCCGCAGUGCGUCCAGGUCCAGCCGCAGCCAGCCGCAGCCAGGAGCAAACCCUUCCACCUCUGGGAAUGAAUUUCUGAAGAGAACCCUACCGGCAACCUCGAGCUCUCCUUCAAGGCGCCCAGUCCGUAUGCGGGCCUCUUCCCCUUCCCCUCCUCGUUGGCCAUAUCCUUACCGUAGUCAGCAUGAAAGUUCCGACUCUUCCUCCUCCUCCUCCUCAUUAUCUCUUGACUCAUCCAGUGAUUCAAGUGCCCCCUCUUCCCCAUGCAAGUAGGUCACUUGACCGAAACUCCUGCUCCUGUCCAUUUAGUACCAUGAGCUCUAUCUACCUCUGUGCCUAGCCGCGGUACUCUUUGGUGUGCCUUGAUUCCUGACCUGGAUAACCUGGAUUCUUCCACUUUUGGAGAGUUACAGGAAAAAGCAAAGAAUCCCCUUCACUCUCCAUAGGAGGAAGU